CAGGCGGCUGUAGUGAGUCGUCAGUAGCGGACCUCGCGCAGAAGAAAUCGGCUGUUUGUUUGGAAACCACAGUAAACCUGCAGAGCAGCUGUUGUACUUCUUCAGCAGCUAUUAUAUCAUUCGCAUUCCUAGACAAGACAGCGGCUUUGUAGCGCUAGACCUGUAAACGUCUCAGAUUUGCCGUUGGCCGUCAGGUAAAGUUAGCUGAUCAUGAACGUGGCGAAAAGUGGUUACCGCGUUUUCUCUGCCAACUCCACGCCGGCGUGCACUGAACUCUCCAAGAAGAUUACCGAGCGUCUUGGAGUUGAGCUGGGGAAGUCUGUUGUUUACCAGGAGUCAAACAGAGAAACGAGGGUUGAGAUCAAAGAGUCUGUGAGAGCCCAAACGAUCUUCAUCAUCCAAACCAUUCCCAGAGAUGUCAACACUGCUAUCAUGGAGCUGCUGAUCAUGGCCUAUGCACUGAAGACCUCCUGUGCCAAGAACAUCAUCGGCGUGAUCCCGUACUUCCCCUACAGUAAACAGUGUAAGAUGAGGAAGAGAGGAUCUAUAGUGUGCAAACUGCUCGCUUCCAUGUUAGCUAAAGCAGGUCUGACUCAUUUAAUCACCAUGGAUCUGCACCAGAAAGAGAUCCAGGGCUUCUUUACAUUCCCUGUGGACAACCUGCGGGCUUCUCCAUUCCUGCUGCAGUACAUUCAGGAGGAGAUUCCUGAUUAUAGAAACGCUAUAAUUGUUGCCAAGUCCCCAUCUGCUGCAAAAAGGGCUCAGUCGUAUGCAGAGCGCCUGCGUCUUGGCCUGGCCGUCAUGCAUGGGGAAGCUCAGUGUUCAGAGUCAGACAUGGCAGAUGGGCGGCAUUCUCCUCCAUGUGUCCGCAACACCAUUGGUCACCCUGGAUUGGAGUUGCCAUUAAUGAUGGCCAAGGAGAAGCCACCCAUCACUGUUGUGGGGGAUGUUGGAGGCCGCAUCGCCAUCAUUGUCGAUGACAUCAUCGAUGAUGUGGAGGACUUUGUGGCAGCAGCUGAGAUUCUGAAAGAGAGAGGUGCUUAUAAGAUCUACAUCAUGGCCACCCACGGCCUCUUGUCUGCAGACGCCCCGCGCCUCAUCGAGGAGUCCGCCAUAGACGAAGUUGUGGUGACCAACACUGUCCCUCAUGAGGUGCAAAAGCUGCAGUGUCCUAAGAUCAAGACAGUGGAUGUCAGUAUGAUCCUGGCCGAGGCUAUCCGACGCAUCCACAACGGGGAGUCCAUGGCCUACCUGUUCCGCAAUAUCACAGUAGACGACUAGCCAACAAACACAUUUACAUUAGAGACAAAGGUGAGGUGUAGAGUUAAGGGAAAUCUUUCCCCUCUUACACACUUGAGAGGUGUGCCAAUGCAGUUCCCCAUUCCCAACACUACAAUCACCUUCAUUCCUCAAAUAAACCCCUUUUAUUCUGCAGAACAAUAAAAAAAACUUCCAUUGCCAAAUGAUAUAGUUGAUGAAGUCUAAAAUAAAUGAAGACCGACUCAAACCUUUAAAUUCAAGCAGUUGCCAGUGUGCAGAUAUGAACAUAGAUAUGAAAUGAUAAUCCAAUGCAAACAACAUCAUUUAUGCAAGUGUUCACUUACUUUUUAUUAUUUUUUUUACUUUAAGUGAUACUCUGCAGUGAAAUCAACGGUUUUAGAUCUACUGGUAAAACUUUACAGUAAGAUGAUUUCACUGCUUACCAGUAUUUCUGGUUUAUUUUGGUUUAAUUGUGCCAUAGUUGCUUCAAAAUGAAAGGUAUAGUUCAUUCAAAAAUGAAAUUUCUUUCAUAUUCACUCAUUUCUGUCUGUGGAACCCAAAAAGCAAACCGUCCAUUUUUGCUAAUAUUAUAAGAGUGUCAAGCAUAUUCUUUAAAAUAUAAUCCCGUUGUUCCACGUGAGAGUCAAAGUC